UACAACUGCGUAUAAAAUAACUGAGUUAGUUUAGCAGCAGGAGGUUGAAUACCUCAUGCAGUCAGUCCACGCUUAGCCUACAAGCUAGAAAUCAACAUAAAAUAAAAAUGGCACAGAGCAGAACACUUGUUGGAAUAGCUGCGGUAGUUGUCCUAGCAGUAGGACUUGGGAUUGGGAUUUUAUUCGGACAUUACGUGACUGCCCCAGCAGCAGCUGGUGAAGAGGUACCUUCAACUGGUGAAUCUACGGCACCCAAGAGCUACCAAGACGCGGUUAAGGAACCGGACUCCGGGAUUGCUCAAAGGAUUAUCAAUGGCAUAGACCCGGAUAAAAUCAGAGAAAACCUCAUAUAUCUGACAUCCAAAUCCCACGUAGCUGGCAGCCCGGUCAGUCUUGAGCAGGCAGAAUGGGUACGAGAUUCCUGGAUGGACCAAGGACUGGACAAGGCUGAAGUGGUCAGCUAUAAUGUCCUGCUUUCUUAUCCACCAGUGAUAGAGGAUACUGACCAAAACAGGAUUGAACUAUUGACAUCUUCAGGAGGUCCUGUUGAGUUUACAACUCAGUUAAGAGAACCUCCUCUAGACCCAGAUACAGACACUCCAAUGGAAGAUCCAGACAUUUUGGCUCCGUUCAACGCAUACUCGGCAAGCGGUGAAAUAGAGGGAGAUCUUGUGUAUGUUAACUACGGCAGAGUGGAAGAUUUCCAGGAUUUAGAAAGAGUUCUUAAAAUCGACGUCUCUGGAAAAAUCUGCAUUGCUCGCUAUGCAAAGCUUUACAGGGGAGACAAGGCUGCGAAUGCAGAGCGUGCUGGUUGUAUUGGGAUGAUUUUAUACAGUGACCCCUCGGACUACGCAGUUCCCGGAGCUGCGGUCUACCCAGAUGGAAUAUACCUACCUGGUACUGGGACACAACGAGGUUCUCUUAUGAUCGGUAUCGGUGACCCUCUGACCCGUGGAUAUCCUGCUAUUGAUUCUGCUUACCGUCUCCCGAUUGUUAAUGCCACUCUACCCAAGAUUCCUGUUCAUCCCAUUGGAUACAAUGAUGCUGCUCAAUUUCUGAGUAUAAUGGGCGGUAAUGAGACAACGGAAGACUGGGCAGGAAAUUUAACUGGUGUGGUCUUUAGGUAUGGACCAGGAUUCAAUGCUGUCAACCAAAACAAGAAAGUAGCUAUGAAGAUCUACACUACGAAUAGAAUGGCCGAUGGAUAUAACACCAUAGGAUCAAUCAGAGGCAGUGUGGAACCAGAUCGUUAUGUGAUUAUCGGUAACCAUCGUGAUGCCUGGGGGUACGGAGCCAUUGAUCCUUCUAGCGGUACAGCCUGCCUCAUGGAAAUAAGCAGAGUCUUGGGCUCUCUUAUUAAAGAUGGUUGGAGACCAAGGCGUACCAUCAUGUUUGGCAGUUGGGGAGCUGAGGAGCAUGGAAUUAUCGGAUCAAAUGAAUGGGUCGAGGAAUAUGCUCAGAAGCUUGGAGCGAGGGCCAUCUCUUAUCUGAACUUAGAUAUUGCUGUGUCAGGUACAUAUGUGGUUGAGAUUGCUGGAACACCAAACCUGUACAGCACCAUCUACAAGGCUGCUAUGAAGAUCCCGGAUCCUAACCCAGAAGGAAGUCGUCAGACGGUUUAUGACACGUGGAAAGAGAGAGACCUAAAGGGAAAUACCAAAGAUGGACAUCCUCAUAUUGGAACUCUAGGGUCAGGAAGCGACUAUGCACCAUUCCUUCAGAUUCUUGGCAUCUCGGCAAUUGAUUUAACCUACACCUACGAUCAGAAUGGUAUCCCAAUUUCUGGCUACCCCAUGUACCACUCCGUCUACGAGACCUUUAAGUUAGUCGACCGAUACUACGAUCCUGGUUUCAAAUAUCAUCGAGCAAUGACUCAGCUUGUUGCGGAGAUUGCACGUAACUUAGCGGAGUCUAUCGUACUGCCCAUGGAUGUAGCGCUCUACGCGGAAUAUGUCAAGGAAUAUUAUGAGAAUCUUCGAGAAGGAAGUUACGGACAGAGACUCAUUCAAGAAGGAAUCUCUUUCAAUGAUAUGCAGGCUGCUGUAAACAAGUUGACUGAAGCUGCCAAUGCGUUCCAACUGAGAGUUGAAGAAGCAGAUAAGACUGAUGUUCUACAGGUACGAAUGUUAAACGACCAAAUGCACAUGUUUGAGAGAGCUUUUAUCGACGUCCAAGGUCUGCCGGAUCGUCCUUUUGUCAGGCACAUUGUAUUUGCACCAAGCAGCCGAGACAGCUACGCCAGCGAUAAAUUCCCCGGAAUCGUGGACUCUAUGUUUGACAUCGAUAACAACCCUGACCCUGAGAAAUGGGAGCUCGUCAAGAAGCAAUUAUCAAUCGCUAUCUUCACUAUCCAAUCAGCAUCAAGCAUUCUCUUAGAAGUGGCGUAAAGGUUCAAAGGUCGUCUUUCAGAAGGAGAUGUGUCAAAACAUUUUCAAAUGUUUCAUUUAUUGGUUGAGGGGAGUUCAAGGAGUUUGUUUUCCUAGUGUUUUCUGUAAAACUAAAACACUUUUUGCACCAAACCAUAUGGCGCUCUGUAGGUGUUUGGUAUUUCAGAUCUUUCAACUCCAAUUUGAAGUACUUGCAUCCUAACAACUGUAUUUUGUUUCAACUAUCAUUGAAAACCUAUAUCGCAUCUGGUCUUCUAGAAUCCUCCCGGCGGACAUCCAAAACGCGGCAGGAGGAAAAUGAGCUACACUGACACAAUCACCCGAGACACAAAUCUCAAUCCAAAUGAGACGCAACAACUCAUGAGGGACAAAGCAACCUGGCACCACUUCAUCAAAGCUACUUCUACUAUUCCGUCUUAGGACGAAGGAUGAUGAUGAUGAUCAUUGAAAUGAUCAGAUCUUUCUCUUUCCUUGGUGGUGGCAAGCAUGGUAUGGAGGGUGGCAUUGACUAAAACUACGACUUUGUCACAAAUGUCCUUGUGCUCAGGCGACUUAAGUCACCAUUGGGGAUAAAAAGGUUACACUUUGUGGCUUUUGGGUGAAACAACAGUAUUCAAAUUGAGGCUUUUAUAAGAGCCACAGCCGGACCUGUCUUCCAUUAUAACAUUAUCGUGUUAAAUAGAGAGUUUCUCAAUAAAUGGUUUUGGGUUAAAGAUUGUUACAGACAGGUUUAUAAUUUAGUCUUAAAAUAUUCCACACAGAAUCAACUCAAACCGAUCAAGCAAUAUAUUUUUGAAGGAAUUUUUUUUUACAAAUUUCUGAUAUAGAUCCUUUAUUCAGAUUAUCGUAGUAUAAUUUUUAGAAUUUAGAAAUUUUAAUUAUAAGAGAAGUAAUAGUUAAUGAUGCGAUUAUUAAUUGUUUGAAAAAGUCGACAAUUAUUUACUUUCAAGACUUCAAAACUAUCCACUCUCACAGCAGAUCAGAGGUAUAUAAUGGGGCAGAGACCCACAAUCUUGUUCUAAACUUGUGUGUGAAUUGGGGGUACAAUGUUCUUUCUACUUCAAUCUGACUUCCACAAAGUGUUUUUAAAUGACAUGAAAGGCAUGUAAGUCGGCCCUUGUACUAAAGACAAACUUUCUGGGUUUUGUUCCGAGGGUUAAUUAUCUUGUCUGGAAUGUAGAAAGAAAAUACAGGAAAUAAUGGCAGUGAAAGUUUGUUGAAAAGUAUUUUGAGGUUUCUUGAUAAUUGUACUCUGCUUUAGUUUAGAAAUGUAAAGCAUUUUGAUGCCUUGGCUCUUUUUAAACUUUCUGUUAUCAUUUAAUAAUUAGUUAAUUAUUUUAUAAAGGAAAUCAUGAUGUAAUUGGUCAUAAAGUAAUGUUGGUGAUGGCUCAAUCAAAGUGUAUUUAUUAUUUUCAUGUUGGCCUCUUCUUUUUUUUUUCUUCUUUUUUGUUAAAUACAAAUUACUGUGGUAAAAGUUAAUUAGACCAAAGUGCCUACUACAGAGAUUAAUUGUGUCUAUCUAUGCAAAAUUCAUAUACAAAUUAAGUAAUGCCUUAAAUAAUUAAAGGUAUCUAAUUUUUAGUCUUCGUUUCAAACAUAAAGUAAUCAUAAGAUGUAAUUAUGAAGUUUGAUUGAAAUAUUGAAUAAAAUAUAGUGCGAUUUUAA